AUGGCAUAUAUGUUCAGCCCGAGUGCGAAAAGAAGAAAGCUAGAUGACCUAGACGAGGAGACCAAUGGAAGUACGAAUAUCCAUCAACAAGACGUAUCUACACUACCGCGAUUAAGGAAAAUCGAGGCUUUUCUCAGUCUUUCUCCUGCAAAUCGGCUGACUCCUGCCAGUGGCCAGUUUAGGCCAACUCUUUUUAAGUUGCAAAUCGAUGAACUGAUUUCGCAGUUACGUUUCGGUUCCAUAAAACAUCUUAAAUCUGUGGAAAAAGUCCUCCCACAGCUAAAGAGCAUAAUUGAAAACGUCCCAGAAUCCCCUGAAAAACCAACACAUGAGGCUGAAGAAUAUUUGCAGCGAAUAUUUGGUGUUAUUGUUCCUUUCCCCGAGCCGCGACCGCAGUGCAAUGCCCAAUACAAAUUCGAGUAUAAGAAGCCCGCAAGCAUCAAUGUUGCGGGAAGCAUUGCACUUGGCACUGCAUUAAAGGAUCUAGAGGAACCUUCUAUGGAUCUAGUAGUGACAAUUCCCAGGGCCAUGAUACGCAAAAAGGACUACCUUGAUUAUAGGUAUCUUUACAAGCGUGCCUACUACAUAGCUUCGAUUGCAGCGGGCAUCAAAGACUCUAAGGAAGUGUCCUUUGAUUUAAAGUAUACUUACCAGGAUGACGAUAAAUUACGACCUAUUUUGCUUGUCACACUGAAUGAGGGACCGAGUGAACAUAGUCAGCAUUCAAGAGUCUGCAUUCGCAUCUUGACUACGAUGGAGUAUGAUGUAUUCCCUGUCACUCAUACCAUGCCAGGGAGCAAUAAUAUUCGCCGGAAUUUCCCCGGUGAUGACGGGCAACAAUCAUUAACGUCAUUUACUGCUUUUUAUAAUGCUACACUUCGUUCGGAAUCAUGCAUUACAUCUUAUCAUAUGCUUCUAUCUCAGGCCUGUACCAGGUGCAGUGCAUUCCGAGCUGCCUCUAUUUUAGGCCAGGCUUGGCUCCGUCAAAGAGGUUUUGGCAGCUCCGUCGUUCGAGGUGGCUUUGGCUAUUUUGAAUGGGCAACCAGUAUUGCCUUACUUUUGGAAACUGGGUCUACAGAUGGAACUCCACUUUUCUCCUCAAGUUAUAGCCCUUACCAAAUUUUCAAAGCCAUGAUGCAAUUUCUUGACGACAAAGAUUUAACAAAUCCAUUUAUAGUUCUCAAUAUGGACACGCCACACAGAAUCGUGUCCAGCAAAUAUCCAGUUCUGUUUGAUGGAAAACGGGGACUGAAUCUGCUUUAUAAAAUGACUCCCUGGUCAUAUCAACUGCUUCGCUAUGAAGCCAGGAUGACCUUGAAGAUGCUGAAUGACCCCGCGCCUCGUUGUUUCGACCACACCUUCAUAAAAAGAGCGGACUAUGCAUUGUGUAGAUUCGAUCAAGUUGUCACGCUAAAAUCGAAUAUCAUUCUCGCGUCUGCUUUCGAUAGCUUCUCCUAUUGCAACUCCAUCUACAACAUGCUGUCAGAGGCUCUUGGCGACAGGGCAAAACUUAUACAUAUCACUUGUGAUGACACCUUUCAGUGGCACGUUGGACCAGGAAAAGCUUAUACAGAAACCAAAGCUGUCGUUGUGGGCUUAAUCCUCAAUUCGGAUACAUGUUCUCGGAUCGUCGAUCGUGGUCCCACCGCCGACGAUAAACAAGCAGGUCUGACAUUUCGAAAAUUCUGGGGGAGCAAGGCUGAGUUAAGGCGGUUCAAUGAUGGCACAAUUGCUGAAAGCCUAGUUUGGUCUGAUCAUCAUGCAGAUGGAUCGAUAUCUCAACAAAUCAUUGCCCAUAUACUCGGCCUACAUUUUGGGUUACAACUGCUCACUGGGCCGAAUCUCUUCGAAGAGUCUCAUAGUAUUCAGAAUAUAGCAAAAUCCACUCUAAUAUUUAAGCCAAUAUUAGAAGCGCUCCGGUCUCUUGAAAAUACCCUUCGUGAUAUACAGGGCUUGCCCCUGGCGUUUCGUCAACUCUAUGGAGCAAACCCUGCUCUACGUUAUUCUUCUCUUGGUAAUCCAACGACCCAACAACUCUCGCUUUGUCCCAUAGAUGUGAUACUCCAACUUGAGGGCUCUUCCAGGUGGCCCGAUGAUCUGGCUGCGAUCCAGGCCACCAAACUGUCUUUUCUUACCAGGAUAGGGGAAUUGCUAGGUCAAUCUCGGAAUGCUAUGCCAUGUAAGAUUGGCUUGGAAUCACAUUCUACUCGGGUUCAAAACGUUGCCUUUCUUGACAUUAGCUCAUCACCUUUGGCCACUUUUCGGCUACGAAUAGCAUAUGAACGUGAGCAGGAGUUGUUAGAAAAUCAGCUCAGAGACUAUUCUUUGACGAAAUGGAAAAAAGAAGAAGCUGCGCUUGCACUGCUCUGCCACCAACGGUCUUUCAGCCAACAGGUUCAACACACCCAGGCAUUUCAAACGCUUGCUACUCGCUUCCCGGUUUUAUCCUCUACGAUUCGCGUAUUCAAAUUAUGGGUGAAUUCGCACUUACUUAAGGGAUAUUUUUGCGAUGAACUCCUGGAAUUAUUGGUCUGUCACGUCUUCCUGCAUCCUUCUCCUUGGUCGACACCGUGCACUGUUGCCAAUGGCCUACUCCGCACCCUACACCUCCUUGCAAAUUGGAAUUGGCAACAAGAACCUCUUGUGCUUCAUAUCGAUGACAGCCUAACCCACCAAGACUUGAAUAACAUAAGCGCCAAAUUUACUUCGUGGCGAAAAAUCGAUCCUCUCAUGAAUACUGUGAGCUUCUUCAUAGCGUCCACACUUGAUCAUAGUGGCGUUAUCUGGUCGCGACAGGCAAAACCGCCGAGGGUUAUCGCAUUGAGGUUACAAAGUCUCGCAAAAGCAGCGAUGGAGGUCGUCAAGCAACAAGGUAUAGAUUUACGUUUCUCGCAGCUUUUUUACUCACGUAACCGAAACUUUGAUUUUCUACUCUGCAUCAACCCAAAAUUCGUCAAUGACAACCGACCAGUAUAUAGAAAUCUUCCGAACUCCAACCAUAUUUCAGGAAGAGCAGCAGUUGUCCAUUUUAUUAAUGAACUACAUCGUUUGUACGGAAGUCACAUUUUGUUUUUCUACGACUUCGAAGAGCGUAACAUUGUUGCAGGCCUUUGGAAACCGCAGUCUAUAAAGCCCCGCACAUUCGGGUUGAAACUAAGCUAUUCAUCAACGCCGGCGACAGGUCCCGAGGCCGGAGAAAAUAUGGUAGUCUUGAGGAAGGAUGCGACAUUACAUGCCAUCGCCACUCUCGGCGGAGACCUUAUCGAGAAAGUACAGGUGAACAGCAACCUAUGA